AUAUUAAAACUGAACAAGACAUUUGCUUAGAAAUGGAAGUUAAAGAGGAACUUGUAGAAGAAGAACCACUGGAAAGUGAAGAAACAGAAACGACUCAAUUUAAAACUAGGAACCUUUGGUGUGAGCCAUUUACUGGAUUUAACUCUGCUGGUCAUGUUCCUAUGGACGAAAGAGUACUGUACUCCCAGGAUCCUGAGAAGACAAAGGAUGCUGAGAUGACCACUCAUAGUGUUCAUAAGCAAGGAGUUGUGGCACCCACUGAGAAUGAUAGUGAAGUAGAGAUGGAAACGGACCUUGAUGAUGAGGACAGUGAAGAUGAGGAUGACUUUCUAGACUCAGAUUUCACCUUGAACGUAGUAGAGGAUGACUUAGAGCUUGAUGAGCCAUCAGCAAAGAAAAGAAAAGAUUUAUUUACAGGUAUUAACGCUCUCCUUUUCGAGGAGAGUGAUGCUGACUCCGAGUUUAGCGGCUUUGAGAUGGAUGUAUCUGCAAGUGAUCGAGGAAAUGUUGAAAACCUUGAUGAUAACCCUGAUGACCCACAGCCAAGCACCUCUGGAGCAGGCAGCAUUGCCACACUGAAGCAGCAGCCAAGGACCUCUGAGGUGGCCAGUAUGGCCAUACCAGUGUCUCAUCCCAGCACCUCUGGGGUGGCUCACAUGGCCACACUAGUCCCUCAGCCCAGCAUCUCUGAGGUGACCAGCGUGGCUAGUCGGAGGCUACAACAGACGCGAAAAUUAACACAUUCCCACAUUUGUGUUGAUGAUGAUAGUGAAAGUGAUAUUAGUGAUGAUGAGAUAGAUUUUAUGCCUUCAGAGGAGUCGACGAGUGAGAGUGAUAUCCAAUAUUCUCCAGCAAAGCGCACCUAUAAGUGCCUGCAUUCAGUCAGUGUGCCAUAUGCAGUCCCCAAGGUUCGUGAGAGGUCACAGUCAAAAACCCCGGCCACUGAUAAUGAUACUGGUCAUGAAAAGAAUUAUGUGGGCAUAGAGGAGUUGGUGGGUGGCAUGGUCCCUGGACCACCUGGCACACUGGGUGGGAAAACAAUGGGACAUGCACCACCCACUCCACCAUGUGCUGUCUCCACUCCUGUUGGUUGUCCACCACGCCCCAUGCCACAGGUCCAGCAUGAACCCUCAGACCAUAAAUGGGAUUGGGAAGAAUGUGCAACAUUCGUGCCACAUCCUUUCAGUUUUGAUGCCACUGGUAGUGGCAUCCUUCCAGAAUGUCCUAUUACCAACAAGUCCCUGGAGUUAGAGUACUUCCAACUGUACUUUGACGAGCCGCUCAUGAACCUGAUCGUCACCCAGACGAAUAAGUAUUAUCGUUAUGUAAUGGACAACACACACGUUGCAGAAUCGUCACGGCUGCACAGGUGGAAAGAUACAACUGUGGCUGAAAUGUAUAUAUUCCUUGCCACAGUCAUGCUUAUGCCUCAUAUCUACAAGCACAGUAUAGCACAGUAUUGGUCCACAGAUUACUACAUUAGUACCCCAAUCUUCCGUGACCUACUCUCCUGCAACAGAUUCAAGCUGUUGCUACGAAUGCUGCACUUUUCAGACAAGAAUACUUCUAACAAAAAUGAGGUGCUAUACAAGAUCCAGGAAGUGUUUAUGUACCUGAAACAAAAAUUCAGUGCUUACUUUUAUCCUUUCAGGAACCUUGUUGUUGACGAGUCCUUGAUUCUGUUCAAGGGAAACCUGUCAUUCAGGCAAUAUUUACCAAGCAACCAUAAUCGCUUUGGUAUAAAACUUUUUGUUUUGUGUGACUGUGAGACUGGCCUGGUGUUGGAUUUCAUUGUCUACAAUGGAAGGAACACACUGAACAAUGCCGGGCAAAAGUUGGACAUUUCCGGUGAUAUUGUUCGGAAGAUGAUUGAACCAUACCUUGGCAAGGGCCAUACAUUGUUCACAGACAACUGGUAUACAAGCCCUAUGCUCGCUGAUUUCCUCCGUGUGAACAAAACUGAUGUGUGUGGAACAGUGAGAAGAAAUAGAAAACAUAUGCCAAGGUUCAGUGGAGGCAGUGCUGAUGGUGCAGUGCAAGUAUUUCAUGCCAAUGACACCAUGGCACUACAGUGGCAUGACAAACGGGAUGUGACGUUGCUGUCAACCAUCCACAGAAAUGAGAUGGUACAAACAGAUGAGGUGAGCAGGGACACCAAUGAACUCACUGUAAAGCCAGCUGCUGUUAUUGACUAUACCAAAAAUAUGCAACUAAUCGACAAAUGUAACAUUCACAUAGGAUUUGUUGAUUGUGUGCGUAGGAGUCGCAAGUGGUACACGAAAUUAUUUUUCCACCUUGUAGACAUUGCAAUGCUGAAUGCCUAUAAUAUGUACCAGAUAAAGACUGGGAAACGGCCUCCAUUUGCUGACUUCACCCUCAUGGUCAUAAAGCAGAUUGUAAAAAAAUACCAUGUGACUACUGUACCUGCCCCUCAGCAGCAACCUGCCCCUCAACAGCGACUAGAGGAGAAAGCAAUUGACCGAUUGCAGCCUAACAGUCACUUUCUCAUGCUAUUACCAUCUACCCAGAAAAAGAAGUAUUUUCAGAAAAGGUGUUUUGUGUGUGCCCACAGCACAAGGCGACCCCAACAGCGAAAGGACACACGAUACAUGUGUGAGCAAUGUGGGGUGGCACUCUGUUUUUCACCAUGCUUCAAGGAGUUUCAUACACUCGAACACUUCUAAAAACAUUGUAUUCACCUGUCAGUGUGUAAAUAUGUGUCUAAUUUUUUCUUUACUAUUUCUACACCUAAUACAGUGGUACCUCGGGAUACGAACAUUUUUCAUUCCAGAAAGCUGCUUGAGUGCUGAUACCGAACAAAUUUGUUCCCAUAAGGAAUAAUGUAAAUUAGAUUGGUCCAUUUCUGACCCCAAAAGCACACUUACAAAAGCACUUACAUAAAUACACUUACAUAAUUGGUCGAGUUUUGAGCUGUUCGUAUCCCGAGGUACUACUGUAUUUGUGUCAGAACAACCAGUAGUUAUGAAAUUACAAGAUCUAUUCUCGACUGUAAAUCUUCUUCUUUCUUUCAACAAACUGGCUGUAUCCCACCAAGGCAGGGUGGCCCAAAAAGAAAAACUAAAGUUUCUCUUUUUAAAUUAGUAAAAUAUACAGGUGAAGGGGUUUCAGUUGUAAAUUAAAAAAAAUUGUUAUCUGAGAGAUUUCUGCAAAUGGCAAGAUUCAUGUUGUCAUCAUGUGGGUAUCCACUGCCAACUUCACUGCCUUAUAUCAUAGUAAAUACUGACCCUAAAUUAGAAAAUUAACCUUUUUUUUUUUUCUUACAGAUUUUUUUUCUUUUAAAUAUUUGGAACACUAGCAGAGAUGCAUAGAUCAAUGCCAUGACAGUAAAAGGGUUAAAUUAUUAAAUGGUAGCCCUUUAAAUUUUAUAUUUAUUCAGAGUAUUUUAUUUUAAUGAGCAUUAAACUCGUAGUGGUCAUAUAGUGGCUAGAGAAUGGGGGACAUUCAGAUUUGAUCCAAGGAAACUGUGGCUAAGUCCAGUUUCGUGGAUCAAGAGCCCCCUCACCCACCUCCCUUGAGGUUUAAAUUUUACUUUUAAAUUUUUCUUUAAAAUUUUAGUUUUGCAAUUUGUGUCCAUUUUCAAAUUCUUUCACUUUCAUAGUAGCCACAAAAGUCUGUCCUGAAAAUAAGCGGGAGUUAUCAGCUGUGAUCAAGUUAGCAACUUGUCCACAAUUUUUCUUUAGGUCAGUUACAACCUGUAGCUCAGAAAGAAGGCAGAGAAGGGAAGAGCUAAUUCUCCAGCUCUGUGCAUGAGUGUGUGGUAGAACCAAUUAUGUAAUCCCAAUGGCAGUUUGCUCAGCACGAAGCCAGAAAAAAGCAAUGUUCAACACCAGUUCCAAAAAUUAGAGUCUAACGAACAGCUUUGAGAAAAAGCAACUCCUCUAGAAAAAGCCUAAUUUAUAAAAACAGCUUUUGUGUGGCAAAUGAAGUGACAUAUCCUGUAUAUUACCUCGUCAGCAUCGCAUUGCAUCACAGAAGAUGGUCGCAAUGAUAUGAGACAUCAGGACGAAAUAAGGUCUGUGGGGGAAUUCUUGGUAUGCUUGAAGAGGAUCUCAUUACUGAGAGUUGAUACUUUAGCCUGAAAGUGCUGUAUUAGGAAUUGAGUAAGAGGGAAUUAUGUAACAAGUUGCAGAUGAAUCAUAUCAGACAAAAAUUGCAGUAGAGUAUUGCAAAAGUUUUGUGUGUUAUAACAAGAGGAAGGUUUCUGGAACAUGAUAAUACUAGCCUGAAUCAAAUAGGGACUUGGUCAAAUCAUCUUUGAUGUUCUCUGCUGUCAGAAGAUUAUUGUACUAUCUCAAAAGUCACUCUUAUAUCUCACUGUGAAAUGUCUAAUCAAGGAAGCUAUGAUUUCCAGAAAGAUUUUUUUUCCAGACAAUCCGAUGACCACUGUUGUUGACAGUCUUAAGUUCCUCAUCAGUAAUGCAAUGCUGAGGGUGAACAAAGUAGUUUGUUGUUCAACUCAUCAUCUCCAGUACACAGACAAAUUACAAGCAUGGGACACCACUGCCAGUAUAUCUCAAAUUUCUCAUUCAUUUAGUGUUUCAGAUGGCUGGAUGUAGGCAUAAGCUAAACAAAUUACAGCCUCUCAAAAUUUCAGAAUUUAUUUUUCAUUUGCUUAUGCCUAAAUCUGACUUUGAAUUUAUGCCUGAUACACUUCUCACAUUAUUUAUCUACAACUUUAAUUUUUUUUUUUUUUUAAAUUUAAUAUACAGUUUACAAAGUUGUUCAAAUGUACCAAAUGGAGUGACUCCCAUCUUCACACUUGUUUGUUAAGCAUUUUGGCACCAUUUUUGCCAUGCUCAGUUGUUACACAGCCUUAUUCUCUGUUAAUCAUUGCCUUCACAACUUCCCAUGGCUUAGGGCUUCACCAUGUCUAAAUCUGGCCCUGGACAUUCAGAGCAAAUUACUCAUAAAUGAAUUAAAUCAUUUAGGUCUUCUAGUAAAUUAUAAGAGUUCAGCACCUUUAGCACAAUGCAGGGGGGGAUGUAGUUUUCCAAUAGUUAAACUCUGAGAGGCUAAUUUGUGCAGCAGAAAUGUGCAGUCUCUUCUCUGGUGCAGCAGUUGACAUUGGUCCUUCAUCCAGAAUAUCAUAGGACUUUUCGUGGAACUGCAUUUCACUUUUUCUAGCCAGGCAGUGUGAAUGAUGCACCUGAGUGAGGAUGGUGCACCUGACAAGCAAAUAAUAAUCCUAGAUGAGCUCACAGAUGUCUCAGCUUGCCAGAGGUUUGAACAAGGGCUCUCGAAGAUCAGAAAUUUGAAGAAUGAAUAAAGAAGUGAAAUUGGAAAUGGCCUUGUUUUGGGAGAGAUCAGAAAGGAGAAAGACUGGUUUAAAUCUGUUUGCUUACACAUUGAUGAUCAUCAAGAACAAGAUGAUAGAAAUACUGGAUUAACUUGGUCAGGAUACUAUGGGGAACACUUCAGUGAGGUGGUCCCACACAUCAGCAGCCUCUUUGCUCUGUUCAAAGAUUCAUCAAGCGAUCACAGGAUGAUAUUGCAUGCAGUGCUAAUAAUCAGUAAAAGUUUUAAUUGUCUUAAUCUGAUGAGUAUAAUGAUUCAACUAUUUACUGUGAAAAAAUAAUGCAUGUAUCAUCAUUGUAGAGUGGCAUAAUCAAAAGGAGAAGUGAAAGAAUUUGGUGGGUAAAUCCUUCCUUUACAGUGGUGAAUCAAGUACCUACUCUAUUUAACCCUUUUGCUGUCCGGCACAUAGAUCUAUGUUAUUGAUACCAUUUUGGUUCAAAUUGGAAUUUUUUAAUUUUGUGUACCUUAUAGGGUAGUCUUGAUAGUUGAAUGGGUGGUUUCUUGUGCUCAGUUGUGAGAACAAAAGGCAUAUUAAGAAUUUGAGCACUGAAAUUGGCUUAAAAUAGGAAUCAAAAUGGGCAAAAUCACCAGUGUGUAAGUUGCACCCAUACUUCUAACUUUGAGCCUGUGUACUUCCAUAAGUUUUCCAGCAAAUUUUGUACUUAUGGUGUCAUUACCUUCUGAAAAAGAUUCUUCAUAAUUUCAGUUUUUUCAUGGAUAUGGAACACUUUUAAUUUUGGAGCUUUGGACAGUGAAUGCAUCUAAGCAUCCAGGCCAAAGAAAGUGGUUGGUAACCACUUCUUGUCAUACAUCAUAUGGUUGCCAGAAUGCUUUUUUUUGACUGGGAGAAAUGAAAAGGUGGAACUUAACAGUACAUCACGAGUCAGCAGGAUGCCAUUUUGUAGAAAUGAAUUGUAUAUCCAUUUGUGCGAUAAAGUUGAGGUAAUAUUAAGUACACAUGUUACAGAAUAUAAAAAAUAUGAUCAUAGUUCAGUGUAUAAUAGUGAUAUUCAUAUUGGUUAACUUUGCAAAUUAUUGUUCUCUCACUCUUUCUUCAGUAAUAGUCAGCUACUAUAUUAUAAGCCAGAGAACGGCAGUGUAAGGGCAUGCACUGUAUACAUCUUAUAUGUAGUGAAGACUGAUUUUAGUUUAUCUCAUUCUAUAUGGUAAUAAUUAGAAAUGGAACGAUACCAAAAUUUUUGUCAGUACUGAUACUGAUAUUCAAUUUUAAGCCAAUACUGAUACCGUUACUCAAUUUUGGGUCGAUGCUGAUACUUUGGCAUACCACUAAUAAUGAUACCAACCAUGACCAGACUGUAGCUUUUUUUUUUUUUUUUUAACACACUGGCUAUCUAUCACCGAGGUAGGGUGACCCUCCCCCCAAAAAAAAAUACUCACCCCCAAUCCCUCUAUAACUGUCUUACCAGAGGUGCAUUAUAAUAUCAGACUUCAGUAUCCCUACCCCUCCUUCAAAGUGCAGGCACUGCACUUGCACCCACCAGGACUCUAGUCUGGCCAACCAUUUACCCUGAAACUCUUCAUAAAUGUUACCUUGCUUACACUCCAGUAGCAUGUCAAGUCAUAAAAACCACUUGCCUCCACUCCUAUGUAACAUGUUCAGACACGCCUGUUGGACAUCCAAGCCCCAUGCAUAUAAAACCUCCUUUAUCCCCUCUCUAACCUUUCUAAGAUGACUGCUAUCCUGCCUUCCCUCCAGUACAGAUAUAGACACCCUCCAAGUUAUCCUAUUUUGCUCUAUUCUCUGUAAAUAUCCAAACCAUCUCAGUAUCCUCUCCUCAUCCCUCUGGAUAAUACUUUUAGUAACCCCCACACCUUCUAAUCUCCAAACUCUAAAUUCUCUGCAUUAUAUUCACACAUACAUUGCCCUGAGGCACAUUUCCACUGCCUCCAGCUUCCUCCUCCUUGCUGCAACACAUGUUCAUCAAUGGAUGUGCAUAUACUACCAGAAAUGAAGAUCUAUGUUCAAAUUGUAGCAUUCUCGAAAUGGCUGCAGACGAGAAUGUUAGGCCUAUGAGAGAGAAAGUAAGCCUGCAUCAUUAGUGUGCGCGCCAGCAAAGUAUUCCUCCACCAUGCAGGGCGUUGCGGGAACAAUUUGCCUCAAGGUACCAUACCAACAUGUCUUGCCCUAGAUAUUUCCCUCACUUUGCAGAAUAUUGGCCAUUUGUUAUUUGCCCAGGCUGAUUCUGUUAUUGAAGAUAGCGGUGAGAACUUUAGUUUUUUUUUUUUUUUCCAACAAGUCAGCCGUCUCCCACCCAGGCAGGGUGACCCGAAAGGAAAGAAAAUCCCCGAAAAGAAAAUAUUUUCAUCAUCAUUCAACACUUUAACUUCACUCAUGCAUAUUCACUGUUUUUGCAGAGGCGCCCAGAAUACAACAGUUUAGAAGCAUAUAUAAAGAUAUAUAACAUAUCCCUCCAAACUGCCAAUAUCCCAAACCCCUCCUUUAAAGUGCAGGCAUUGUACUUCUCAUUUCCAGUACUCAAGUUCAGCUAUAUAAAAAUAACUGGUUUCCCUGAAUCCCUUCACUAAAUAUUACCUUGCUCACACUCCAAUGGCUUGUCAGGUCCCAAAUACCAUUCGCCUCCAUUCACUCCUAACAUGCUCACGCAUGCUUGCUGGAAAUCAAAGCCCCUCGCCCACAAAACCUCCUUUACCCCCUCCCUCCAACCUUUUUGAGGACGACCCCUACCCUGCCUUCCUUCCCCUACAGAUUUAUACGCUCUCAAUGUCAUUCUACUUUGAUCCAUUCUCUCUCUAAAUGACCAAACCACCUCAACAACCCAUCAUCAGCCCUCUGACUAAUACUUUUAUUAACUCCACACCUUCUCCUAAUUUCCUAAUGUCCUAAUUUAGUUGUAUGAAUAUGAAUAUACAGAGAGUGCUGCUGUCA